AUGCCACAUCCGUAUAUGGGUGCUUUCGUAAACAGCGCUCAAGUUCACACUCGUGCUAUCAAACCGUUCACUUUACGUAAACCAGCAAUAAUCGCAAUGCAUAACUGUUCCAAAAUCCAAAGCCAACGUGAACAUUUGGACGUGUUAUCAAAAAUAAAUCAGUGAUCACAAUAUACCAUAGACUUUUAAUAUUAUAAUUCUAUGCAAUAUAUAUAAUAAUAUACAUCAUAAUUUAAAUUAAAAUAAAUAAAAUAAAAUGGUACAAAAUAGUAUAAGAUGGUUGAUAGCUUUCAAAAUAUCAUCUUUAGGUUCUGUCAGUUAUGUACUUUUUGAAGUAUGUUUAUUUACGUUACAUUGUCUAAGAAUUUUGAGACAAAAUUUAAAAGGACUUGAUUUUAAUAGUAUCACUGAAUAUUACACAAUUACACAAGGGUACUAUUUAAUAAGAAUGCCCAGUGUUAUUCAAUUUAGUAUACAAUGAUGCCUAUUGAACUCCUGAAAUUGAAUAGUCAUUUGUUAAAUAAGUUGCCUAUCCAGUACCUAAAUAUGUGUUUUUUAAACGAUUUUUGAUAUUCUAUUGCCAACUUUUAAUUAUUGUUCAUGUAUUUUGGAUACCUUUGUGAUCGAUCACGUCUCGCAUAGAAAAUAAUUUGAAUUUUUAUAAUUGCUAAUAUUUUCCAUGGUAUUGAUGUAGGAUAAAUUUUUUAAACGAGCAUGUUUUCUGUCAAUAGUUAUACUUAAUCUUUUUUAGAUUUCAAACGUAGCGAGGGGAACUAUAGGUUUUACAAUGCUGUUUAUUUAUUUAUUUUUUCUUUCUUUGUUCUUUGUUCUAGUCUGUGGACAAGUUUUUUCCUAAUAAAUUUGCUUCAAUGUAUAAGUGUAGUAACUAUUCUGAAAGCUCAAGUUAUCUAAAUGGUACUCUAAAGAAGUCUUUUUUUGAUUUUUCGAUGCCGUUUUUUAAAUAAAAGUACUAAAGUGGGAAAAAAAACUUAGAAAAACCUACAAUUUCACGAUUUCAUUAUUUUAUAAAAACACGGACGAAAUUUUCUACUAGAAAAAAUGGUUUAAUCGAAAAAUCACAAGAAAUCUAUUUUUUGCCCUUUUGAUUUCCUUCUUAUAGUAUCGUCGCCAAAAUGUUUAAGCUACUUUUGAGCAUUUGAGGAAUUUUAAUUUUUAGGAGGUUUUUUUCUGUAAUUCGGUUAUAAAUAGAAGUAAAGACUUUUUUAUAUUAUAAUAAAAUAUUAGCUAACCUGCAGUUAUGUAGCCAAUACCGUCUUUUUUAUUGUGACAAUUGUUUUUUUGUUACUAAUUCCACAAGAAAUUCUUCUUCCAAAUUGCUAAAGUAAACGGUACAAAAUAUCCUAGGUAACAUUAUAUUGUUGUAAUAUAUUUUUGUUAAGACUAAGUUAGGAAUUAUAUAUUUAUUAAUUUUGAAUUAGGAUUGUUAUUGAGAUAUAUUCAUUAUUUUUAAUUAUUAUGUUAAAGAAAUACUUGUUUAAGUUUCCAAUUUCAUGAUGUUCUUAGGAAUACUCGAUAAAUAACAAAUUUUGCUCUUUUAGUUUUACAGUAGAAUAAUACAAGUAUGAUAAUAAUAUUAUUGUUCAUAUUUACUUUAUAUUACAUUUUGUUUUCUGUUCUAGAUAAAGAUGAUAUUUCAUCAGAUAUAAUUCACAUGUUUCACUACCCAAUUAAAAACCUAUGUUAUUGACAUUUAAUUCUAUCAUUUUAAACUUAACAAAUUAUUACAUUUUAGAUUAGGUAAUUGAAAUUAGAAAAUUGAAGAAUUAUGCAGCUCUUCCUACCACCUUUGGUUUGAUUAUUACAAAACUUUGAGGUACUGCCGUUUGACUCAUUUUUUUCCCCAAGUGGUAUCUCCAGUAGACAUAGUCCACUAAUUUUUAUAUAGAUACCUCUUUUAUAAAUAACUAUACAAUAAUAAAAUUAUAUAUGUCAGAUAUAUACACGGUUUAAAAUACAAAUUAAUUAAUUAAUGUAAUUAUUUGAAAAAAUAAUGAUAAAAAAUAAGUAUUAAAUUAGUGCAAUUAAAGUAAAAUACAAUAUUACUUCUUCCAAUAAGCUUUGCACAACAAGCAUUCAAAAGUACUACUGUAGUCAAAUUUAUUUUAAAUUAUUGAUACACAAUUCAUUAUUAUCCAUUAAGUACAAGUAUCAAAUUGUACCCAAUUGAAAUUAUUUUGUUCGAUUUGUUUAUGUUGGGAAUCGGAAUUCCCACAGUACAUACAAAUAUCUCUCAUAAACUCAGAAUGUUUCAAAAGCAUAUUUUUCAGUUUUAAUCUAUACAACAUCUGGCCAAAAUUAGUAAUGAAAAUAACAUUUUUUGAGUUUUUUAUCAAGCAUUCCGCAUAAUAAAAACAAUACACUCCACAGUUAAAUGAGUCCUGUAGAAUAAGGUAUGUCAGACCUUUUACUCUCAACUUGGGUCACUCAAUUCUGACCUCUCCAUAUAUGUAUUUUUUUUAAGUUGAUAAAAUCGUAUGGAUAUUAUUUGCUUUUGAAUGCAGAUAUCCAGUUGGAUUUAUGUAGUAAAAAUUAUAGUGUUUAAAGUUAGCAAACAUUAUUGUUCUGUGAUUACCAGUUAUAUUGAACGGUAUAAUUAGUAAACUAUUUUUGGGAACUUUUUUAUAGUGGUUUCUGCCCAUACAAUUUCCAUACAAAUAAUAUAAAAUAUUACAUCCUGUUAUUUUAAUGAUAUCUUUUAAUUCACUGCAUAUUUUUCCUAACACACCCACAGAUAUGUCAAUUACAAAAUUGUUCAACUACAUUUGUUUAGAAAUAAUUGUUUUAACUAUGUCGGUUUUUGGAAUUCUUAAAUCCAACAGCACAUUAUAAUCUUCAAAUCCAAGUUUUAUACACGAUGUUAUGUCUUGAACAAAAAUAUAGCUGCCGACAAUAUAAUUAAAUACUUUUUUAUUCGGUUUUAAAACCUGACCAUAAUAAUAUAUGACUUUUAACAAUUUAUUGUCAUCCAGAAUUAUUUCUAGCAAUAAACCAACAAUUAAAGACCUGUAACUUUCUUUUAGUGUAAUAAAAUAUAUAAUCCCGGAUUUCAUUCUAUUUUUUAUCGAGUUUAAAAGUUAGGUACUUCAGACCUAUAACGCUCUUGCACAUCACUAAAUAUGAUUUGUUUUUUAAUGCCGUUUUGUUAGACUUUUUCUCGUGCUUUUUUGCAUAUAUAUUGCCUGCCUUACGCCCUAAUUGCAGGUUUACGCAUUUUAGGAACUACUGGGCUCUCUUAUCAAACAUUGCCAACGGAACGUAUGUGCUAUAAGUACAUAUUCGGUAGAGUAGGCAAAAAUAAAUUGUUAAUAGAUAGCGCAACAGAUGUUAUUGUACCAGUAAGUGUUGCAAAUUUGGCCUGGAGCAUUAUAGGAGCCAUGAAUUAAUAUAUACUUUCAUUAGCUAUAUCUUAAUUUCUGAUAGAAAUUAUAGAAUACUUUUGGAACAUUUUUUUGACCUAAACCCUGUACUCCACCAACUCAUUCGUUUUUAGUUCUGGUUUAUACCAUGUAUUGGGUAAACUUUAUGUUUAUACCAAAGAUAUAUUAUUUAGUAUGGUAUACGCAAGUGAAAAUCCUAGAUAACAGAUUUUAGCACAUGUACUUACAACAAAUGUAAGAUUUAAAAAAAAAAAUGGAAUUAAUCUAUCCUCAAUAAUUACUCUCGACAUUUAUUUUAUAUAUUCAAAUUAAAAACAGACAACUCUUCGGAUUUAAGUUUAAUGUGAGUUAAAUUAUACUAUUUUAAUUACUACAACGAGUUAUUUUUCAUAAUCGUAUGUAUUUUACUAGGUACUAUAAUUGUGUUGUAAUUGAUUAUUUUUAGAUGAUUUCAUUCAAUCGUGUUUUACAUUUAAUAAGUAUCCAGUCAGUUAAGUCAAAUCUCAACUACCAAUAUUGUAGAAAUAUACGAAAUUUAUCAUCAAUUAAAAAUGUAUUGUCCAAUGACUAUCGAAAAAAAACUGAAAAUAUAUCAUUUACUACUGUACAAAAUACGGAUGCUGAUAUUUUUGGAACUCUAAAUGACAAUGUUGAAAUUAAUGAUAAAUUGGAUAGUUUACCUCCAGAACCUGAUGAUAUAAUACAAUAUGACAAAAAUGAAGAAUACAAAAGAUUACAUAUUAAUGAGUACCACAAAAUUAUUCAAGAACUCAUAAAACAGCAUAAAGUAUAUCUUUAUUAAAAAAAAUGUAUUAAUUAUAUAUAGGUAUUAAUAAAUAAAGUUUUGUUUUUUUAUAGAUAGCAGAUGCUAUAGAUGUACUUGAAACAAGAAUGUUAAAUGAAAGAGCAAAACCAGAUUAUUAUAUUUAUAAUAUGCUAAUUUCUAGUUGUGGUAAAGUUGGUUAUGUUCAAAAGGCUUUUCAUUUGUUUAACCAGGUAUGUUUUAUUUCCAACAAAUGAUCUAUUGUAGGUGCCCAUUUUUGAUCUGUUGUUUCAAGUAAAACUAAUAUAACUAUUAGCUUAUAAACUUUAGUCAACCAUGCAAUAUGACAUUCUUGUGUUAUUUUAACUGCAAAAGUAAAAUAGAUAGUGUAAGGCACCUUUAUAUAUAUUUUCUUCUCUGUGAAAUAUUUAUUAUAAUUAUUGGUAAAAAAAAUUCAGAAUUCAAUUUUUGAUUGAUAAUAUUAUCUUGCUUUAAUUUUCAAUGCCUUUCAACAUUUAAAUAAGUAACAAAAAACUUAUGUUCAGAUAAUUAUUAUGUUGAGUUAUUCAUCUUAUUUGUAGAGAUUUAUAAUUUUUUUUUUCUUAAUUAUCUAAAUUUACAUAUCUACAAUUUUUUUUUGUUAUAAGAUGAAAAAAAAUGGUAUCAAGACUACACCAGCUACUUAUACUAGUUUGUUCAAUGCUUGUGCUAAUUCUCCAUAUAAAGAUGAUGCAUUAAAAAGAGCUAAGCAAUUACACAAUCUAAUGAGUUUAAAACCAAUUGAGCCAAACAUGUUUAUCUACCACGCAAUGAUUAAAGGUAUUCAAAAUUAUUGUAGUAAUUGACAGAUAAUCAACUUUAAAUUAAUGUUAAUUUUAGUUUUGUUUUAAUUUUUGCCCUUCUGAGGGAAGUUAUUGAUAGAUUUUAAAUAAUUUUUAAUUUCUUACGAAUAUAAAUAUUAAUUAAUGAUUUAACUUGUCAUUGGUUGCAAUGUGAGUGCAGCAUAUAACAUUUAAACACUUAAUUAUAGGCACUACCACCGUAUUUCUUGGUAUUUUGUCUAAAACUAUAAAUACUUUCAAUUAAGGCAUACUAUAUAAUUAUAAAUUAAAUUAAAUGUCAUGGAUUUAUCAAUAUUUUGGUUUCUUAUCGGAAUUUAAAGUCACUGGUCAUUACGAAGUUGAGUGUGGUGUGACAUGUGAUAAAAAGUGUUAAAAAGCAUUUUGAUCACUGAUGGAGUACAGUUUUUAGUUUUUGAUAUACUUUAUUUGCCAUAAAAAGCUUAGAGAAAAAUUAAUUAUUAUAUUAUUUAACUAUUCAUAUAAUAUUUUAAUAAUGAUGUUUUUUUUUUUACAAAGCUUUUGGAAGAACUGGAGAUUUAUUGACUGCUUUUUCUUUGGUCGAUGAAAUGUUGGAGAAAAAAUAUAAAUUAAAUGAUCAAACAUUUAACUUUCUUUUGCAAGCUUGUAUAUCCGAUAAAGAAGCUGGUUUUCGACAUGCUUUACUUGUAAGUUUUAAUAAAUAAUACAUAUAUCCUUUCUGGAUAUAAUACAUUUUUUUUUUAAUGUUUAUGUUAAAUUUAGAAAUCUGAUUAAUAUAACCACAUCAUAAAUUUAAUUUGUAUAUACUGAAAUAGGAGAUUCAAUGCCUAAAGUAAAUAAGCCAAAUAUAACUAAAUUUGUACACACAUUUGGGUUUUAUUCAGACAUAAAUAUAAUUAAUUAAAAAAAAUUAAUUUUUAUAAAUUUUAAUGAAAAUACGCAUUAAAAAACAUUGCAUUAUGUAUUUAAAAUAUGGAUAUUAUGUAAAAAAAAUAAAAAUGUAGACUUAAUCAAAUUUUUUAGGUUUGGAGAAAAAUGAUUUCUAAACGUGUGCGUCCUUCAAUAUAUACAUACAAUCUUUUAUUAAAAUGCACGAGAGAAUGUGGUCUUGGUGAUGAAUUUGAAACGCGUAAAGUUAUUGGUCAAAUAAUUGAUGAUCCUCAUUUAUUAUUAACUGAAUGUAAACUUCAAGAAUCAUUAAAAAAUAUUGAACUUAGUAACAUAUUAAUACAGAGUAAUAAUGAAAAUAAACUAUCUAUCACUGAAAAUAGACCAAAUCUCUUAGAUGUUAAACCAUAUUUUGGUAAUAUUGUUGGUAUAUCAGACAUAAAAACUCCUGAAGAAAGGUAAAUCAUAAUUUUUAAAUUAUCUAUUAAUAUUAAAUUGUUUUGUUUAUUAUUCAGAUUAAUAUUGAUGGGAGGUUGUUCAGGAUUUUUAAAAAAUAUGAAAAUAAAUAAAGUUAAACCUGAUAUUAAAGUAUUUACCCAGCUUUUGGAAGUUAUACCAUCAACACUAGCUGCUGAACAAGUAAUUUACUUAUUUUAUAAAAUUAUUUAUUAGAAAAAAAAAUAUCUAUGUUAUCUAUAUUUUUUAACAUCUUAAAUUUCCUAUCAGUAUAAAAACAAAAAAUGACAUUCUAAGUAGAUAUUUUAAUGUAAGAUAAUUUACACAUGAAAAUCUUAAAUUUGGUCAAAUAAAAUCUUUAAGCAUUUUAAUGGAGUUAAAAAUACUAAGUAUACAAAAUCUGAAGUUAAAUAUUUGACUGCAUUUUUUUUUUCUUUUUUAAGAAAAUUUUUAUGAGGAUUCUUGUAUGAAGUAUUUAAAAUAAUUGUCCACAUAAUACAAAUUUGAACAUUUCACAUUGUUAUAGGUAACUCAAAAAAAGUUAUAAUUCAACCUUUAGAAAAUGAUAGUAGAGUUAUAAGAGGAAAAUGUCAGGUUUUUGACAAUGAUUUCUCAUUAAAUUUCAAAAAAAUAUUAAAUAAUUUUGAUAAAACUUUUGGUUUAGUAUUUAUUUUCAUAUUUUUAUCAAAAUUGAAGAAAAUUGUUCAUUUUUUGAGAGAAAAAGAUUAGUUAUUUGAUCUUUGGUAGAAAAUGUGUUAUAUACAACUCUGUUUGGCUUUUAAAGUGUCACUGUUAACAAUUAAUUAGUUAAUAAAUUAAUUUUAAUUUGCCACUGCCAUAAUACCCACUUUAGAAAGUUAAUAUUACAUUUCAUUGUUAAUCAGUACCUAAUGUUAAUAUUUUAAAAUUAACUUACUAUAAAUAUGUAUUUUUAAUUUUUUUUUUUUAGAAUUUACUAAAUGAAAUAUCUAAAAGUGCAGUUAGAUUAGACAUUGAUUUUUGCAAUAUUCUCAUAAAAAAGCGAAGUCUUAGAUUUGAUUAUGAAGAAGCAAAAGUAAUAUUUAAUGUUUAAAUUUAAUUUAUUAAUAACAUUAAUUUAAAAUUUAUUUAGAAUGUAUUAAACAUAAUUAAAUCAGAGACCCUAAGUGUGGAUGUCGUGACUUUCGGUGUUUUGGCAUUAGGCUGUAAAAAUAAAAAAGAAGCUAAAGAUCUCAUUAAAAUUAUAGCAGACACUGGCUUCCGGUAUGUUUUAUAAUUAUUUUACUGAUAUCUUCACCGUUGAUUUUUAUUUUUAUUUUUUGUAUUUAAUUCAAGCGUGAAUACAGAAAUAUUAGGUACAAUGUUGGCACAAGCUUGUUAUCAUUACAAUUUUGCUUAUGUAAUUUAUAUUAUGAACAUGGUUAAGCACGAAGAAAUUAAUCCUAAUAAAAUAUUUAUGGAUCGUUUGGGUCGUUUUGAUAAAACUAUUAAGGAUUUAAUAAAACAACGAGUAAGUAUUUAAAGUUUAUAGUUUAAGUUUUAAUGUUAUUUAAGUCUAAAAUUUUCAAAUUUUAUUUGUAAAAUCAUAUAGGUAUUUCAAUUUAGAAAAUAUAUAAAUAUUUUAUGAAAAAAGUUUUAAAAAUAUAUUAUACCACUAAUAAUUAAAUGAUAUUUAAAUUUUAAUAUGAAUCAUAACUAAUUGAAAAUAAUAAAACCCGGAAAUAAUGUACAAUAUUUCUUUAAAUAUAAUUAUAUACAUUUCUUAAAUAGUAGAAAUAAUUUAUUUAGAUAUGUCAUAGAAUAAAUUCAAAGUAGUUGACAGGGUAAUUUUUGAAUGAAUAAUAGCUGGCAAAAUCUUUCCAGACCACCAAAUUAAAGUCCUAUUUAAAGGCAUACUUUUUUUCAUUGUUUAGGAAAAAUACUAUUUUAUCAUGUAUAGUAUUUUAAUAUUCCAAAACCUUUAGAACGCAAGAAAUUAGAAAUAUAUUACAAAGAAAAACUAUAUAUCUAUAGAUUUGUUUACAUUAAAGUAUAAUAUCAAAUAUUGUAUAGCAUAUUUACAGGUAUUAUGAUGUUGAGAAAUUUACUUAAUAUACUGUUACAUUCUUUUCAGAAAACUAUAGAAGGAGUCAAUCCAGAUUUCAUUAAAAGUUUUUACUUUAAAGAAGGAUUUAGAAAAUUUCAAAAUUUUUAUAAAAAAUGGCUCUUAGAGGUAAAAGUUGAAGAAGAAUUACAUCCUUGGGAUCAAUUCAAAAAAAUAAAAAAUAAAAAUGAAUUAGUAUAA